AUGGGCACUAAUCACACGCAAGCAACGAUCAACGAGCUCCUCGCCGGUAGCGUCGGAGGGGCGGCCCAAGUCCUCGUCGGGCAACCUCUGGACACAAUCAAGACCAGAGCUCAGAUUGCACCUAGCAUGCUCAGCCCCCUCCUCGGCGUCGCAGGCGUCAACUCGCUCCUCUUCGCCUCCUACGCCCUUUCCAAACGCAUCGUCUCUCCCUACCCCGACAAGACACUCAAAGAGAUCGCUCUGGCAGGUGCAAUGGCCGGCGCGGCUAACGCUGUAUUAGCGAGUCCGGUGGAGAUGUUCAAAGUGCGAAUGCAGGGCCAGUACGGUGACAAGUCGGAUAAACGCCUGCGUGCUGUGUUUACGGAUAUGUGGAGGGAGUAUGGGUUCAGGAAGGGGAUCAUGAGGGGGUACUGGGUCACAGUCGUCCGUGAAAUUCCCGCUUACGCCGGAUUCUACUCUGCUUUCGAAUUCUCAAAACGAAACUUCCGGAAACACUACGGGGAUAACCUACCCGUGUGGGCUCUGCUCGCAAGUGGUUCCACGGGAGGCAUCGCGUAUUGGUUGGCGUGCUACCCUCUAGAUGUCGUGAAAUCUCGAAUUCAGCUACGGCAAACGCCGCCAACGGGGACGCCCGUUCAGUAUAUCGCCAGUGAACUAAAAGCCAUCGUGCAAGAAUCAGGACCGAAAGGAUUGCUACGGGGUCUUUCACCGUCAUUGCUUCGAAGUAUUCCAGCUGCUGCGAGCACAUUUGCUGCUUUCGAGUUGACACGAGAGUACCUCGCUUCUGUGACUGGAGUUUAG